AUGCUCCAACUCUAUUUCAAGUCGCUCAUCGUCUGCGCUGGACUGGCGAUCUGCCAAUCUUUUGAUCCGUUAGCAUUCGUCGACCCCUUGAUCGGCUCUCAGAACGGUGGCAACGUCUUCACCGGCGCAACACUCCCGUACGGCCUCGCUAAAGCGGUCGCCGACGUUGAUGGUGAGAAAACAGGUGGAUUUGCGACUGACGGGAGCAACAUUACCGGCUUCAGCAUCGUUCACGAUAGCGGCACAGGCGGAAAUCCCAGCCUUGGUAACUUCCCGCUUUUCCCGCAGGUCUGUCCCGGCGAUGAGCUCAAUAACUGCCGCUUUAGAAUCGGGGACCGGGCAACCAAAUAUGAUCUGAAAGAGAUCGUCGCCGAGCCGGGGUAUUUCUCAGUAGAGAUGGUCUCCGGCGUAAAGGCCGAUAUGACCGUGUCCGAGCAUGCAGCGCUCAUGCGUUUCCAGUUCCCAAGUGGGAAUGAGCAUCCAUUGGUCAUGUUGGACUUGACGGACCUCUGGGCAAGCAGGCAGAACGCGUCAAUAAAAGUUGACACGCCUACGGGAAGGAUGGCAGGUAGCGGCACUUUUCUGCCUAGCUUUGGUGCUGGGUCGUACGUGCUUCACUACUGCGUCGAUUUCUUUGGAGCAGAGAUCUUUGACACCGGCGUCUGGGUCAACAACCGUGCGGGCAAUGAACCAAAAGAGCUGACUAUCCAGAGGGGCUUCAAUAUGUUCUACCAAGAGGGAGGUGGCUUUGUUCGCUUUAAAAGGCUGACCCGUAAUACUGUCACUGCCAGGAUGAGCGUGUCAUUCAAGAGCAGCGACCAGGCAUGUCAAAACGCCGAGAAGGAGAUUCCGGACCCAACCAACAAUUUCGACUCGCUGGUCAAGACGGCCAAAGACUUAUGGAGGGGCAAAUUGAACACCGUAUCUAUCAAGGCAGGCGGUGCCACGGAAGAUGUUCAAAAGAGCUUCUGGAGCGGACUGUAUCGCAACAUGAUCUCACCCCAGAACUAUACCGGAGAGAACCCGUUCUGGGACACUGGGAUACCGUACUUUGAUUCUUACUACUGCAUGUGGGAUAGCUUUCGUGUCCAGCACCCCUUACUUACCGUCAUCGACCCAGUAGCUCAGACGCAAAUGGUCAACUCGCUUUUAGAUAUCUACAAACAUGAAGGCUGGCUGCCAGACUGCCGCAUGUCCCUGUGCAAAGGCUGGACUCAGGGAGGUUCCAACGCCGAUGUAGUUCUAGGUGAUGCCUAUGUCAAAAAUUUAACCUCGAUAGACUGGAAACUGGCCCUAGAGGCUAUGACCAAGGACGCCGAGGAAGAGCCGCAUGAGUGGUCAUACCAGGGCCGAGGCGGCUUGGCCAGCUGGAAGACUCUCAACUACAUCCCGUAUCUCGACUUUGAUCCUAAUGGUUCCGGUACCAACUCGAGGAGCAUCUCCCGUACCUUAGAGUAUUCAUACAAUGACUUCAAUCUGGCUACUCUGGCUAAGGGACUGAAUGAAGGCACCCUCCAUGACAAAUACAUGGCACGGAGCAUGAACUGGCAAAAUCUGUGGAAGCCAGACCAAAAGUCCCUCAUAAACGGCACCGACACCAAUUUCAUAGGUUUCUUCCAGCCAAAGUACCUGAAUGGGACUUGGGGCUAUCAGGACCCCAUUGCCUGCUCCUCGCUGGCUGGUUUCUGUUCCCUAACAACGAAUCCAAGCGAGACAUUCGAGGCAAGCAUCUGGCAAUACCAGUUCAUCGUCCCUCAUGCAACAUCAACUCUCAUUGAUAUGAUGGGUGGCGAUGAGGCCUUCAUCUCUCGUUUGAACUACUUCCACGCAUCCCCUCUUGCAGACAUCUCGAACGAACCGGUAUUCCUUACCGUUUAUCUAUAUCAUUAUGCUGGUCGCCCGGGUCUAUCGGCACAACGAAUACAUCAGUAUGUUCCUUCGGCUUUUAACUCUACACGGGGCGGUCUGCCCGGCAAUGACGAUUCAGGAGCCAUGGGCGCCUUUCUUGCCUUUUCCGUCAUGGGCCUGUUUCCGGUGGCGGGACAGGAUGUGUACCUCAUCACACCUCCUUUCUUCGAGGAAGUCAGCGUUAAGAGCCAGGUGACGGGGAAAAUGGCCACCGUCAAGUGCAUUGGAUUUGACGCCGCGUACAAGAACCUCUUCAUUCAAAAUGUCAAGUUGGACGGACAGGCAUGGACUAAGAGCUGGAUCGGACAUGAUUUCUUCACCCAGGGACGGACGCUUGAGCUGACGUUAGGCGACCAGGAAUCGGACUGGGGAAAAAGCAAGGAGGCAAGGCCUCCGAGCUACGUUGCGGCUUCCAAAUCUUGA